AUGACUGACAUGGCUGAUAAUACAAAUACAAAACUAAUCGCAGCGGCAUUCGAGGGCCAGAAGAAAUCUUACUGCCCUUACAGCCAGUUUAGAGUGGGCGCGGCAGUUGUGAGCGAGGAUGGCAAAGUGUUCAGUGGUGCGAAUGUGGAGAAUGCGUCAUAUGGCGGAGCAAUUUGUGCAGAACGUACAAGUCUGGUGAAGGCUGUAUCAGAGGGGUGCACCAACCUGAGCGGUCUGGCAGUCGUCUCUGAUCUCGAUGAACCUAUCACGCCAUGCGGGAUUUGUAGACAGUUCCUCAGAGAAUUCUUUGCUCCACGUACACCUAUCUUGCUGGUAUCGCAAUCGCACCACGCGAACGCAAACAGGCGCGAUACAGAUUAUGCAGGAGAAGUCGUCAUCAAGACUAAUAUAGAAGAACUAUUGCCACGCAGCUUUGGACCGGAGCAGUUAGGAUAA